AUGAAGGGACUCAGAAGUCUGGUGGCAACAACCUUGGCUCUUUUUCUAGUGUUUUCUUUCUUAGGAAAUUCCAGCAGUGCACCACAGGGACUCGAGAGAAGGAACUGGACUCCCCAAUCUAUGCUCUACCUGAAGGGUGCACAGGGGCGUCCCUUCAUCUCGGACCAGAGCCGGAAGAAGGACCUCUCCGACCGGCCGCCGCCCGAGAGACGCAGCCCAAAUCCCCAACUACUAACUCUUCCAGAAGCAGCAGCUCUGCUCUUGGCUUCCUUGCAGAAACCACAAGAAGCUGGAGAAGAAAACUUUGAUCAAACGAGAGUCCUAGAAGACAGUCUACUAAACUGGUGAAAAUAGACCAACUUACAUUCGAAUACAGUUCCAUUCCUGCUGAAAACAUAAAGCAUGUAAAUAAAGUCCUUGGACCCUUUUUAAUUCCAUUGUAAUGUUAGGAACAUGCAUAACCAAUUUUAUUCUUUCCAGAAGUAAAGGUAAUGUAGGGUUCUUAGCUGGGGACAUCAUGGCCUUCUUUCAUUGCUUCAGGUCCUGUUUAGGUCACCUUGUGUCUUACUCCCAUUUGUAAUUAUAAGGCUAGAGACUCUUUAGAGUGUGUUUUCUUUUUGUUACAGCAAGUAUCCAUCUUGAUCUAGUGAGUCUUAGUUGUUGGCUUUUUCAUUCCUUUACCCCUUGCAUUGUCUUGCACUCAGCAGCGAAUCUCCCUCUCCUUUUCUGCCUUUUUCCCAUCUCCAUCGGGGGUGAGGGGAGAAGCAUGGCAAGAUGGGAAAGAGUAGAGUGUGUUCUCUUAGCAGUUCCUCUUGGAGACGGAAGUUGUUAAGAAGGGAAGAGGGAGGGAGGUGACUGGGAAGAAGCCCGUGAUAAGAACACUUCACUGUAGUUGCUGAAGGAGGGAGAGGGUGGAUCUGUGAGGCUGGUAGAAGGUUCCAUAGUGGGGCGCUCCCCUUUAUGCUCUUUGGGGAUCUCCCUGAAUUCAGGGGGUUACUGGGAAAUAAGCAGAUGGAGACACACUCUGCUCUUCUGUACAUUGUACAAAAGGAACAAACCAGUUUUUCAGAGGUAACUCAUGUUCCACAGCUAAACAGACACAAAGACUCUGCUUACUCUAAUUGACUAGAGCUCUAGGCUUUAUUUUACAUUAAAACGUUAGAUAAAGGCACCCCGAUAACAUCAGUACUCGGUGAUAUGCCUCAUCUGCUCCUUCUAAGACUUUUAAAACUAUCUGAAAAAAUACACACACACACACACACAGUGAGCAUAAUAACCUAUUUAUUUGGAGUUACAAUAUGAUCAACAUGUUAAUUUUUUUGACCUAGUUAGUUGAGAGUUGUUAUUGAUAAAUGUCAUAAGUGGAAAGUAUUGUUAAUUCUUACUGUCAUCAGUAUAUAGCCAUUAUUAAAGAAUAUCUUUAUGGGAAUGUAUCUGUACCUAGGAGUUACAAUUUCACUGUGUUAUGAAGUCAAAACCCUGCUUGUAAGAUUUGUCUGUAUCUUGUAUCGUAAUUGAAUAAUGAAACUAUAUUCAAGUCAUUGUCACACUGAUCUCUUCCAAAAAAUAAUAUGCUAGCAUUAAAAAAUAUGUGGUAUCAUAA